CCCGCGCCGCGCUGUUUGUGAGUUUAUGAGUACCAUUCAGCCAUUCAGGAAAAAACAUCAACAAAGUAUGGAUAUUUGAUAGGCACAAAGUAGUAACCCAACGAAAACCUAUUUGUUUGGGCCGAUAUUCAGCGAUUUUCGGAAGUUUUAAUUACUCGGCGACAGGUUUCUCUCUCCGUUCACCGCACGUUUUUUUCAUUCGCUUCGGAACGGCUGUUGUUGUUUUAGUGAAGCACACCUACAAAAAAUACAAAACCACUCACACACACGCGAAACAUACACACGGUUGUGAUUUGGCGCGCUCUCUGUGUGCGUGUGUACAUACAACAAAAAGCAAAAAAGAAACGAAUUUCGGAGUGCAAAGAAACAGAAAACGGCAAGCGAGAAAAUCGGAAAGCCAAAAAACCAAAACAGUGCAAGUUACAGUUUCCACAAACCGAGGAAAAACAAGAAAAUUCCACUUUGAUUCCGAAGAUUUUAGCCUGCGAGCGUGUGUGUGUGCAACAGCAACAAAUACCAAUACCAGCGCAGGGCAAGGAAAGAAGAAGAGAAGCAGCGCAAAGCAGAAGAAGAAAGAUGAUGUAAACUUUGUUGUAACCAAAAAAUAAAAGUAACGAAUAAAGCGCAGCGAAGAGGAAAACGGGAAAAGUUGUGCUUCGAAUCUCCAAUCCUCGCGUGGUUUUGAGAAUUCUUCAAAAUGCCAGAAACGGAGCUGGAGAGUUGCAACAAGGAGUGGCUGCAGUCGCAGCUGAGGUCCCUGGACUCCAAGGAGCUGAUUCUGCUGGACUGCCGGGGCUCCCACGAGUACAGUGAGUCGCACAUCCGCGGGGCCGUCAACCUCUGCAUCCCCAGCAUCGUCCUGCGGCGCCUGGCCCUCGGGAAGAUCGACCUGGCCUCCACGAUCAAGUCGCCCGAGCUGAAGGAGCGCAUCCAGACGGGCUACAAGCUCUGCUGGUUCGUCCUGUACAACGGCGAGGGCGUGGGCGGGCAGAACCAGGAGAUCACUGGACCCGGAACCUUCACCGUCGCCAUGGACUCCAUCAUCACCAUCCUGCACCGCCGCCUCAAGCAGGACGGCUGCCGAGUGGUUACCCUAGGAGAUGGCUUCUCCAGUUUUCGCCAAGCAUUUCCGGAAUGGUGCGAGGAUGACAACCAGGCGCACAACAAAGAAAUGGAAUCUAGUCGCAAUGUACAGACCGAUCAGCUAAUGGGUCUUAGAUCCCUACGCAUUUCCACAACGCAUUCCGACUCAGCGUGCAGCAGUUCGGCAGAAUCGUCGGAUUGCGAGAGCACCGGGCACUAUCACCACCACCACCAUCAUCAUAAUUACAACGAGGCGCCUGUGGAGAUAAUUCCGGGAUUAUUGUUCCUGGGAAAUGCCUCCCACAGCUGCGACUCGAAUGCAUUGCAAAAGUACAAUAUUAAGUAUGUGCUGAAUGUGACACCAGAUUUGCCAAAUGAGUUUGAGAAGUCGGGCAUCAUCAAGUAUCUGCAAAUCCCGAUCACCGAUCAUUAUUCACAAGAUUUGGCCAUGCAUUUUCCAGAUGCCAUACAGUUUAUAGAGGAAGCGCGGUCCGCCAACUCGGCAGUGCUGGUCCACUGCCUGGCCGGGGUCUCGCGCUCGGUGACCGUGACGCUCGCCUACUUGAUGCACACCCGUGGCCUGAGUCUCAACGACGCCUUCAUGAUGGUGCGCGACCGGAAGCCGGAUGUGUCGCCCAACUUCCACUUCAUGCAGCAGCUGCAGUCCUUCGAGAGCCAACUGCGCCUGAGUCCCGGGGACGAGCAGGCGAUGGACACCAAUGUGGGUCUGGUCCUGGCCCCUGCGUCAGCGACCUCCACCUCUGUGUCCAAUGCCCUGGCGUCGAAUCCCAGUGUGGUGGCCUCGCGCUGCGGACGCGGCUCCAAGUUCUCGUGCAACUGCAUUGCGCCGGACUGCAAGUGCAUGCAAACCGGUGGCUUUAUGGCCGCCCACCUGGCCAAGGCCACCGGCGUCUCGCCAGACUCCGGCAUCGAGUUCGACCGCUGGACCCCGUCUGACACGGGACUCAAAUGAGAACAGCUGGGCGGUAAGAGUUUCGUGCUGCCGCCAAGUCAGGAGAUCCUGGCAGCGGCCGUCGCCACAUCGCCGCCGCCCAUUUGCCUGGCGGUGAAUCCGGACAACAUGUCCCCGGCCAGCACCACCAGUUCGUCCACAUCGACCACGACCACGGCGGAGGCGGUCUCCGUGGUGGAGGUGGUGCAGCACCGCGACCAGGAGAUGGCCGAGGAGGACAUUGAGACCGGGGAAGAAGACGAUGAGGAGGCGGCCUAAAUGCCGAAGGCUUUCCCAACUUGGUUCUCACACAAAACACCCGUACGAACACAUACAUAUGAGCCGCUUAUUAAAUAGGGGUACGAAUUCAAACUUUAGAAAACGUACAAAGUCUUGAGGAAUACCCAACGUACACAUAUUAAUUAAUACCACGUAAAUAAAUUAAUGUUUAGUACAUUUUUAAGGUCGAAUGCAAACAAAAUCCAAUGUUAUCCACACGCAAACCAACUACAACUAUACAAAAAGAAAGAAAAAGUAAAAUAUAUAAAAUAUAUUUAUAUAUACGCAGUGUACAUGUUUGUAUUUAACUUCUAAGCCAAGUCAAGAGAAUAAAUAUAUGAAAGCCGAAACAAGAAUAAACAACCUAACUUUAAA